AGGCGUAGGGCAGGCCAGCGAGCGCGAGCGCGCGCGCGCACGAUUGUUGCUGUCAUUAGUCUCGCGGCGGGCUCGGCUCAUUCGCGAUGUGUCAUGCCGUGGUCCUUGGCGUGCUGUUUUCGUUGCCAUCGUACCUGUAUUCUGCUGUUCCAUUCAGGAAGGCGCGGCGCAAGGAGCGCGAGGGCGAGCCCACUGGCGAUCCCAAGCUGUACCUCCAGGAGGCGCUGCUCGAGCGCAAACUGCCCGACAUCGACAUGCGCCAGCUCGUCGACCUGCCUCACGGACUUGACUACAACGAAUGGCUCGCUUCGCACACUCUUGCGCUGUUCGAGCACGUAAAUCUGCUAUAUGGUACCGUGUCGGAGUUCUGCACGGCGGCGACGUGCCCGGACAUGACCGGCCCGGGUGGCCGCACAUACGCUUGGUACGACGAACGCGGCAAAAAGUCGCGCGUCGCCGCCCCACAGUACGUCGACUACGUCAUGACAUACACACAGAAGACCAUCAAUGACGAGACUAUUUUCCCCACUAAAUACGCUAACGAGUUCCCGGCGUCAUUCGAAAGCGUGGUUCGUCGCGUAGUGCGUUUAUUGUUCCACGUGGUGGCGCAUAUGUACGCGGCACACUUCAGACAUGCGGUACUCCUCGGCCUCCACGCGCAUCUACACCUCACCUUCGCACAUCUCACCACGCUACAUCGACGAUACGCGUUGCUCGACCAGAAAGAAACGGACGUAAGUAUAACAAUCCACACUACAUCCACGUUACAGUCCAUACAGUGCCGGAUUAAUCCAGAGCAGCGACUGCAGCAUUUUUUUUGUGAAACCCCCUUUCAUUUCACUUAUUUAAAUAAGUUAAAUAAUUUAUGUAUUUAAAAAAUUGUUGCCAGUAAUCAACAGAUUUUUAUCGGAUAGGUAUCCAAAAAUAUAAUUAUAUUGAUAGUUACGAAUCCUGGUUUAUUCUUAAAAAAAUAUGAAUUUAGACAGAAGCAUGGCUUAUUUUAACUUGCAUCUUUAACACUGGCUUGGAAAAUUAAUGGUCAGACCACAGCGAGGCUCUCGAUUGCGCAGGGCCCGUAGCAUAUGCUACUUCUGCUACGUGGCUAAUCCGGCACUGAGGAGUCCACAUUACAUCGACGCCACGCGCUGCUUAAUCCCAAAGAGAUCGACUCGAAUAAAACAGUCCACACUAUAUCGACGAUACGCGUUGCUCAGGCCCGAAUCCAUGUAGUAUUGUAAAUAUUCUCUAUUUUCUUUUAUCAAAUUGCAUCGUAUUAUCGCAUAAAUAACUCUCUGUAAAAGAAUAUCAAUCUAGUGCAAGAGUUUAUUUUAUUUAGUUUUAUUGACAAAUAUUUAAACCUUAUCAAUCAGAAAAGAAUGCAACUAUAGGCCGGCCGUCGAACAGUAUCCCGCAUUACAUAUCUCAUUCACUCGUGCAGUAACAUAUUGCUAUUGCGCUCACACAGAUGCAUCGGUUAGAUUAUUGGAUGUUAGAUUUUGUCAUAGUAAACCUAAUAUGUUUACUAUAUCUAUCAGUAGGCACAAAGGUCAAUGUAUCAAAUUCUCUCUGUUCGGCGACCAGACCAUUCAACACCCGUCCGUGAAGUUCGAGUUCGAGGUUAUUUUUAUAAGAGAAUAGCAUUGCAGUUCCUUCACCAAGAGUUUCUUAUAACAAUAUUUAAUCCGUGCAGCGAGCGGGACUUCGUUAUAGCGUUGACCCAUAAGUUGGACGGAUGAAUCAUUGCUAUAUAAGUGAUGGUGACCCCCCUCCAGACAAGUAAACUUAAUGUAAUCUGUGACAGGUGCUGCGUGACCUGGAGUCAGCGCUGCAGCUGACGCCGGCUGCGGGUGGAGCGGGGGCGGGUGGAGGGGCGGGGGAUGAGCGCGAGGAGUCUCCGCGGCGACGCUCGCCAGUAGUGACGCAGCCGCUUGCGACCGCGUGACCGACACAUUUGUUAACUCUAUUGUAAAUAUAUUUCGAUCUGUUAAGUAGUUUUAGGUGAUUACUUUUAGUUGUACUAUGAUUUGUGAUCGCUUCGGUUGUAAAUAAAAGUGAUAUUUGUUUAACUGA